CCUCACGUCACCUCACGUCACGUCCGACAUCAAGUGAGAGGCAAGGUAGAGAGGGCUAUGCUGAGCAAGAAACAAGGCAACGGAGUGUGGGAUCUGUCUGCCCUCGACCGUCGACUCGAUGAACAGGAUGUGAGUGUGCUGACGCGCCAUCUGCUCCGCCCGUCGCUGGCGGCAUCGCUCACCGUUUUCAAAGCCGCCAACGUUCUCUCCAUCGUUCAUACAGAAGCCAUACUUCGCUCACUGAGAUCAUGCUCUGCUCUCGCCCACAUCGAUCUCUCUCAUAAUCCUCUUGGUCCUUCGCUCCUCGCCAUCCUUCUCUCCUCACCGGCUCCAUCGGUCGUCGCUCCUCUGCCUUCGCUCAGAGUCCUCGAGCUUGCUGCCUGUGAUCUCGGCGAUCGUGGCGCUCUCGUCCUUGCUGCCUUUCUCUCUCGUCAUCCGGUCCUUGCCCGCCUUGAUGCCGCCGGCAACGCCAUCGACGACCAGGGCGCCUUUGAGCUUGCUUCCGCUCUCGAUGCCAACGACUCGCUGGUCCAUCUCGACGUCUCGGGCAACGUCUUUGGCGAGGCCGCCCGCGCUGCGCUUGAAGCCUCAGCCUCGGCCGUCUGCUCGGUGGACGUCUCCCGCUCACUCUCGGAGCUCUCAGCCUCGGGCUUUCGUCCGGGCCUCUCGCUUGUCGACCUGUCGGCGUCGGCGACGUCGACAGCGGCAGGCUAUCAAGCGGCCGUCGAUGCCCAAGGCACUAAGGAGCAAGUUCAAAAGUACCUCAAGCGAAAGGAGGCCGAGUGGGCUGCACGGGCUGAGGCUGAGCGCCGUGCCGCGCUCGACGCGCUCGCUGCUGACUACGACGCACGCAUUGCCGCCAUCAAUGCCACUCAUAGCGAGGCACUGGCGGCUCAAACUCGCUCUUUUGCGCUGGCUCAGCAUGAAGUUGUUGCCGCGGCCACUGCGCCGCUGCUCGCUCGUAUCGCCGAGCUCGAGGCUGCCAUGUCGGUGCGACAGCCGGCCUCGCCUUCGUUCCGCGAGCUGUCGUCCAUCACCCAGACUCCGCUCGAGGUCACCGUUCUCACUGCCUCGCCGCAUCGCUCGCCGCGACAGGCCUCGCUCGACCCAAACCCACUGUGGGAGACCGAGCCAGACCUGAACUCCAUGUGCGCUCCCUUCUCGCCGUCGCCCUCGCCGUCGGCCAAGCCGUCGGCUGCGCCGCCGCCGCCGGCCCGCCCUCAGACCGUGAUCCCGGCCUCGGCACCCGGCCUCCGUGACUGGGUCGUCUUUGACGAGUCUAUCAUGGCCUCUUCGGCUAGGGUUUCGGAUGUUGCACCCGCUCCGCCCGCGCCUCUUGCCCGCUCACUUCUCCCGCCUCCUCCUCCACCAUUGGCAGCGCUCGCUCCGCCACCGCCGCCGCCGCCGCCGCUUACCGUCGCUGCUCCUGCUGCCGCAUCAGGAAGUGUGACAAUCCCGCAUCCGCCGUCUCCGCCACCAGCACCUGUCGCGACGUCAUUUGCCGCCCCGCCGCCGCCGCCGCCGCCGCCGCCGCCGCCAUCGUUGUCGUCGGAACCGCCGUCGUCGACGCCGCGGCACUCUGGUGCGGGAACCAACGCUCUCCUCGACGCCAUCCGAACCACCAACCGUAGCACACUGCUUCGCAAGGCGACGGAACGGCCAGACGGCGAGUGCAACCGCAUCGCGCGCUCGAACCGACCGCAGUCGACGCCGAUGGAGCAAGCACUCGGCACUUCGCUCAAGAACAUGUGGACCAAGCUGGCGUCUGUGCAGGACAACGCCGAGAACGCUGCAGCUUCACCGCUGGACAAGUCGGCGUGGUCAUCGUCGGCCGACGACGGUUCGUUUGAGCUCAAUCUGCGGUCGCGUAAGAGCCACGGUGGUGGUGGGUCACGGCCAUCAACCCCGCUUCGCGAGCGGGUCAACGGGGCGCAGGCCCCGGCUGAUGCGCUGCGGCAGCACCUCUUCACUAUCCGGCGGGCAAACAUGACUGUGGAUGGCGACGAGUCGGGCAUUGACGACUCGUGGAUGUAA